UUUAUUUUUUAGUGCUGUUGCACAAAUGACACUCGCUCUGUGUACAGUAGAUGUAUGAAAGAGGAGCUCUGGGCGUGGGCUGAGCGCUGACGACGCUCUCCCGCCGACCCGGCUCGACUUGAGAUGACUUCUCGGGUCUCGGAGCUCUCAUCGCGAGAAAGCUUAGGCCUAGUCCCGCCGUUGGACAGUUCCCUCGCGUCUAGUCUCCCGAGGGACGAGCUUCGCGGGCACUCGCGCGGGCGCGCGCACGGGGAGGCUCCGCCCCCCUCCCCGGCCGUCCGCAUGCUGCCCGCGCGCCUGGCUCGCCGGCUGCUGUGCGGGUUCCUGCGGGGCCCGGCGGCAGCCGCCGCGGGCCACGGCCCUGCACGGUGGCUCCUGGGAGGGGAGCGGGAGGCCGCUUUCUCCCAGAGCUCAUCAUCCCUGGGCCGCCGGCUUCCUCCUAGCUCCACGGCGACCGAGGACUACGGAGAAGGCCCCGACACGGAGGAGCGCUUUCUGUUCCCGGAGUACGUCCCGGAGCAGGACCCCGAGGAACAGCUGAGAGAGCUGCGGGAAUUGCAGCAGCGGCAGCGGGAUGAGGAGCGACAGAGGUUGCAGCGGCGGGAGGAGCGGCUUCAGCAGAAGCUGCGGGCUGGCCUCCGGACGCUGCAGGUCCCCGAGCUUCCAGACGCCACCGUGCCGCCGCCCAGCGACAUCUACUGCUCGGGCUGCGGGGCCGAGCUGCACUGCCAGCACCCCAGCCUGCCCGGCUACCUGCCGGAGGACAAGUUCCGCGGUGCGACCCAGGCGAUCGGCGGCCCGGCGCGGACCGUGUGCCAACGCUGCUGGCUGCUGGUGCAUCACCGACGUGCCCUGCGCCUGCAGGUGAAUCGCGAGCAGUAUCUGGAGCUAGUGAGCGCGGCGCUGCGGCGGCCGGGCCCUGCUCUGGUGCUCUAUAUGGUGGACCUGCUCGACCUGCCGGACGCCUUGCUGCCCGAGCUGCCCAAGCUGGUGGGGCCCAAGCAGGUCUUCGUGCUGGGGAACAAAGUGGAUCUGCUGCCCCAGGACGCGCCCGGCUACUUGCAGCGGCUGCGGCAGCGGCUGUGGGACGAUUGCAUCGGCGCCGGGCUCGUGGUGGCCCCUGGCCACCGAGGACCGCAGUACCCUACCGGGGGUGAGCCUCGGGACGAGAAAAAGCAUCCGAAUCCGUCGACCAGGUCCGGCACCGUGGUCAAGGACGUGCGGCUGAUCAGCGCCAAGACCGGCUAUGGAGUUGAAGAACUGAUCUCUGCGCUUCAGCGCUCCUGGCGCUACCGCGGCGACGUCUACCUGGUGGGCACCACGAACGCCGGCAAGUCCACUCUCUUCAACACGCUCUUGGAGUCUGAUUACUGCACCGCCAAGGGCUCCGAAGCCAUCGACAGGGCCACCAUCUCCCCCUGGCCAGGUACUACAUUAAACCUCCUGAAGUUUCCUAUUUGCAACCCAACACCUUACAGGAUGUUCAGAAGACAAAAAAGGCUUAAAGAGGAGGCAACCAAAGCCGAAGAAGACCUUAGUGAGCAAGAACAAAGUCAGCUCAACCAACUGAAAAAGCACAGUUACGUAGUAGGAAGAGUUGGGAGAACAUUCUGGCACUCCACAGAACAGAAGGAAGAAGUUCCCUUUGAGUUUGAUGCCGACUCCUUGGCCUUUGACAUGGGAAAUGAACCUGUUGUGGCUGUGCACCAACAUACCAGACAAGUAGAACUGACCCCAGAAGACGUGAAAGAUGCCCACUGGUUUUAUGACACCCCAGGGAUUACAAAAGAAAACUGUAUUUUAAAUCUUCUAACAGAGAAAGAAGUAGAUGUUGUUUUGCCAACACAUUCUAUUGUACCAAGAACCUUUAUUCUCAAACCAAGGAUGGUUCUAUUUUUGGGUGCUAUAGCCCGAAUAGAUUUCCUACAGGGAGAUCACCCAGCUUGGUUUACAGUUGUGGCUUCCAACUUCCUUCCUGUUCAUAUCACUUCUUUGGACAAGGCAGAUGCUCUGUAUGAGAAGCACGCAGGCCACGAGUUGCUGCUGGUUCCAGUGGGUGGGAAAGAGCGAAUGGCCGAGUUCCCUCGCCUCGUGGCUGAAGACAUUACCCUACAAGGAGGCGGAGGGUCUGCAGCAGUGGCUGACAUCAAGUUCUCCUCUGCAGGCUGGGUUGCGGUAACUCCUUACUCUAAGGGCACACUGCAUCUCCGAGGUUACACGCCGGAAGGGACUGUUCUGACUGUCCAGCCCCCUGUCUUGCCAUAUAUCGUUCACGUCAAAGGACAGCGAAUCAAGAAAAGCGUGGCCUAUAAAACCAAGAAGCCUUCGUCCCUGAUAUACAAUCUGGUGAAGAAAGCUAGAUAAGUGAGGCAGACCUGGAUUCACACUGGAUAGUAACAAUAUUGAAAUAUGUUGAAAUCUGUAUUAAAUAUAAAGAUAAUAAAGAUAAGUGAGGCAGACCUGGAUUCACACUGAAUAGUGACAAUAUUGAAAUAUGUUGAAAUUUGUAUUACGUAUAAAAAUAGUAGACACACAAAGGCCUAUCAUUUUUAAAGAUCUUAAGAGUGAACUUUUUAAACUAUUUGAGGCUAUGCUUAUUGAUAAUAUACUGUUUAUAAAUAAAAGUUAUUUUUUCUUGAGGAUA